AUGGACCACCGCCAUCACCACCCGCUCGGUGGCCCUCCCGGUCCUCCAACAAGCCUUCCUCCUCGCGCUCCUCAAGGCCAUCAUGACGACCGCGAUCGCUCUAUUUCCUCAGGCCCUCCCAAACGAUCGAGAAUGGACACACGUACUCCUCCAAAUGGCGACAUCUACUCCCAUUCACACCUUCAACAGCAACAACACAUGCACGCUGGUAUUCCGAGGCAGUAUAAGGAGGUUUCAAGGUCGCCAGAGAUGGAGAGAAUGAACGGGCCUGGUGCAUACAGAAAUGCUCCUCCUCCUCCUCCUCCCCCGCCGGGCCACCCGUCUCAUUCAUCUCAGCAGCAACGUCACGAAUCGGUACCUCAAAGCAACGCAAUUCAUCCUGUGAGUCGCAGUUCGGGAUUCAUGCCACCCCCUAGAACAUCAACGCCAGAAACGCAUCAACGAGUAUCUUCUGUUCACAGCUCGCCGCGUAUUUUCCGAGCACCCCCUCCUCCUCCACCACUUCCUCCGCAAGAAUCAAUGAUGCAGCAAUCACUUCAGCAGCAACAUGUUCAGCAACAGCAUCAUCGCAACAUGCUACCACCGAAUUCACCCCAUCACGUCCUAGCGCCUCCGCCGCAGCAGCCGCAACAGCGACCGCCUCCUCCCAAUCACCACCACCCUUCAGGUCCGCCGCCGUUCGUCCAGGUACCGUCUGACGGUCCUAGGCGAGACUUACCAUCACUAUCUAGUCUAUCCAACAGUCGACCGAGCAUGUCUAUCUCUUCAAUGCUCGGAUCGAGUGAUCCCCCAGCACCCCCUUCACAUGCCCCUCACACUCACCCUCACCCAUCACCCAUCAACACCCACUCAUUACCACCAUCCUCUUCAAGGCCUUCGGAUUUCUCGCCGUUAAAGCGACCAUAUACUCCUGAUCUCAACGGUGUCCCAGGUAAUGAUAGGGACAAGCAGGUUAAUAGCAGCUCUGCAAGCCCGAGCACCGGAAACGCCCCUUUGCCAAGUUUUACAGGCCCGAAAUCGAAUCGCGCCACACCACACGAGCAUGUCUACCGUGCGCAUCAACAAUUGCAAUACCACUCACUCGGCCAUAAUCGCGACCGAGAGCAGCAGCAAGUUGACAUCAUGGGCCCCCAGGGACCACCACCACCACAGCGACAAAUGUCGCAACCUGUGACAAAUAGUCAGAGUAUAUCCAGCGUGCUCCACGAUGAACCACCGCCACCACAAAGACCACAAUUAACGAGCUCCGACUCUUACCAGGACCGAAUGAGGAAAUACGAUUGGCAGCAAAUGGAAGAGCGCCAGAGGGAAGAGGAGAUGAGGCUACGGGAGCACAGAGAGCGUGAACAGAGGGAGCGUGAGCAUAGGGAACGGGAGAGAGACCGAGAGCAUAGGGACAGGGAAGCCAAGGAAAAUAGAGAAAGAGCAAGGAUAAGGGAGAGGACAGAACGAGUUCCCAUUGGGCAGCAGCAACAAAUGUUUGGCCGGGAGCAUAGGCAUGAACAUCAACACCAGCACCAGCCGCCCCAAACUUCUAGCUCGCACUUGUCGUACCCCAUGACACCUACUUCAAGAAUGAUGGCUGGUCAGGAUGCUAUACCUGGCCCUCCGCCAGUUUCAGCAAUUUCUACUUCCUCAACCAUGGCAAUGCCGCAGACUUCAACUUCCGGAACAGGUGGACUAGGGGCAACCCCGGCUCCACUACCGACGGCUACAACAACGGGACGGGAAGGAUUCCAGCCAUUUACGGCAUAUACUACUCCAAUGCCCCCAAGUCCAUUUGCCAUCACCAAUCUUCCUGUGUUACCUCCUGUGGUAGAAGGGGGCCGAGAUAGCAGACGGCAAGGGUUUCCUGUAGGAGGUCCGUCUUUUGGAAGGGAUGAGCCAGCAAGAGCAGAGGACGCUUUGAGGGGAGGUCUGAGCAGGCAAUCCAGCGGACUAGCAGAUGAGGACAGAAGACGGAGAGAGAAAGAUAGGGACAACUUAAUGAGAGAACGAGAUGGGCCUCAAAGGAUGAAUGGGCCCAGUCUCGGUGACCAGACGCAACAAAAGAGAGUGGGUAUGGGAAUCCAGAAUAUGGAAAUGGUCAGCAUGACGCAAAAAUGGAGCGAGGAUUUCCAAAAAGGGUUAAUGGAGAACAAUAGAGAAAGAGAGAGAGAAGAAGCUGGGAAGAUUAGUCUAGGGCUGGGCAAGCGGGAGAGGGAGAGAGACGAAGAGGAAGCCGCCAAAGAGAAGAAGAAGAAACAUCAUCAUCACCAUAAUCAUAAUCACCAUUCCCACGUGCAUGCUGGCAUGGUUCAUCAUCACCACAAAGCGGAAGAAGAAGUAGGUGCUCCUAAUCUCGAAGUACCAGUUUCAAGGGUUGGCGCACGCUCGAAAUCACCAAACAGCCUCGCACACAUGCAUCACCCUCACAUGCACCACCCUCACCAUACGCCUAUAAUCCACCACCAUCACAAUGCAUCCGCUUCCACAAGUGCUGCUGUACCUCCACCGAAAGUCAAAACUAGCCUUCUCAUAGAUUCAACUAAGGUGAUGGCCUCCUUAUCAAAGCCCCGCAAUUUCCUUGGUUCGGUAAUAUACCACCCAACUGCAACCCCUAAGCAGGGCUACUCUGUCACGCACACAUUGUUGCCAAGAUUCGAAGGAAAGGAGAAUAGUAUUUUCCAAGUCCGAAUCCCACGGCGAUACUUGAGUGAGCAGCAGAGAAAGGAGGUUCAUAGACGCAGAUGUGUCUGGGGGACGGAAGUUUAUACCGAUGACUCAGAUGUCAUGGCUGCCUUGAUCCAUCUUGGAAAAAUUCCAGGUGUGAUGCCACCAGAUGUGGACCCUGCAUGGGUAGCGGAAUAUGGUGCUAGAAAGAUCACUACAAACGGUCAAACUAGCGCAUCUCCACGAUCUCCUCUUGUUCCUUCUCCAACCAAGAAGAAGGUUAAUGGAGCUGGCGGUAAAGCUGAGAAGCAACAAGUGCAGGAUAUCCCGGUGAUCCCAGCCGGAAAGGAUCUCAUCGUUAACCUCUUGAUCCUCCCUACAUUGGAAAGAUAUACAGGUUCUACCUGUAACGGACUUAAGUCCCGUAGCUGGGGUACUAUUCAUGACGGCAUGAGUUAUUCCGUAUGGGAUAUUGAAUGGGUUGAAGCGGGCGAGGCGGAAGCUCGGGGAGGUGGAAGUAAGAAACGGCGACUCGACGAAAGAGAUUUCGUUCGGCGAUGGGGUGAAUUGCCCCUGAGUCGCGGCGGUAUGGGGAACAAUGGGUGGAGUAAGAAUAGAUGGACCGUUAGUGGAGAUGGUAGGGGGGGGGGUAGUAAAGGCAAGGUAGCAGAAGUCGGAGCAUAA